GCCCGGCGCCCGGCCAGCGCCCCGGGAAGCGGCGUCUUGUCCCUGGCCACCGCCCAGCCCUCGCUGGGGCCCUCCUGCUGGCAUCUACGCGAUCCUACGUGGCUGUCGGACGAGGGGAGGACGGUUAGUCAGCAGCUUGGUAGCUGUAUCCCCUAGGAAGAAAACCAAAGCAGUAAGAAGAAAGCAUUUGAAUUUGGAACACUUCUUUGCAGCUGGAAAUGGGGAAUGGACUGUCAGACCAGACUUCUAUCCUGUCCAGCCUGCCUUCCUUUCAGUCCUUCCACAUCGUCAUUCUGGGUUUGGACUGUGCUGGAAAGACAACUGUAUUGUACAGGCUUCAGUUCAAUGAGUUUGUAAAUACUGUACCUACCAAAGGAUUUAACACUGAAAAAAUUAAGGUAACUUUGGGAAAUUCUAAAACAGUCACUUUUCACUUCUGGGAUGUAGGUGGUCAGGAGAAAUUAAGGCCACUGUGGAAAUCAUACACCAGAUGCACAGAUGGCAUUGUGUUUGUUGUGGACUCUGUUGAUGUUGAAAGGAUGGAAGAAGCCAAAACUGAACUUCAUAAAAUAACUAGGAUAUCAGAAAAUCAAGGAGUCCCUGUGCUUAUAGUAGCUAACAAGCAAGACCUGAGGAACUCAUUGUCUCUCUCAGAAAUUGAGAAAUUAUUAGCAAUGGGUGAACUAAGCUCCUCAACUCCCUGGCAUUUGCAGCCCACCUGUGCAAUCAUAGGCGAUGGACUAAAGGAAGGACUUGAGAAACUACACGAUAUGAUAAUUAAAAGAAGAAAAAUGUUGCGGCAACAGAAAAAGAAGAGAUGAACCACGAUACCUUUUCUAUUUGUGUGGAGUAGGUUUUCUCCUUCUGAUUUUGACAAAUGGAAGAGUGUCUACAGCCUGGUUUGCCUGCCUGCCCUCCUGGAUGCUGUUAAAGCUUUGUUUUGUUGAACAAUCAGAUGUUCAAAUCUACUGCCUUGUGGAAGAUGAGUAAAUGCAGUGCUUCUUCAAAUGGUCUCUUCUCCCUACCCCACAAGUCUUUUGGUACUACCAUUUUGGGAAGCCAAGCAAGGAUAGGAAAUUGACCAGAAAACAGUUGUGGAAAUUUGACCUGAAGUUAGUGAAAUAAAACUUUGGAGAGUGUC